AGGUCGCAGCUACGUGGUUUCGUGCGGUACGUUACCGCCAUGACAAACUUAGUUCAUUUUCGAUGUUAAUCUAAAAGUAUACCAAUCUACGUUAAGAAAUCAGAUUUAAAUUACCUACCAAAGUAGAGAAAAUGGACCAUUGUAUGAAUUGCUGGUUGUUGUUUGACAAACAGUGGCGGCGACAUGCAAAACUGCGAUAACCCAGCUUAUUAUGAAAGAAAGAAUCACGCAAGAAAAAUCGGCUGCGGCAUUCGUUUAUCUAGUCCACGGCGAUGUCGGCCCGAAGACAGAUAUGCGAAGUUAGAAGGGAUAUGGUUGGACCCAAAAAAAGGAAAACAGGAUAAAGAGAUGAAUGACGAGGACAUCAAGGAGUUCAUCAAGAAGACCAUGAAGAGUCUUCGCGGACAGUCCACGUACUUUAACGACUACUGCGCACAUCUCAAUCCAGAAUUCAAAACCCGCCCAUUCGUACCUCGCGUGAAGAAGCGGCGUCCCUGCCACGAGGUACAAGAACAAGAGAAGAGCGAGGAGGUGCUCGUGCCCCAGGGUCAGAAGCUGGCCCUCAAGGACACGGAGCUGAUGAAGAUAGCCCACGACUUGUACGAGCGAGACCUGGACGCGCCCACGCUGAAGCCACUAGACACCAGCACUAGAAUUCUCGGCUACGUCCGCCCGCGUCUGUACAAGACUGGCCUAUCAGAGUACCAGGGCGAAAUAGCUCGUGUAGCGUAUGAGUUGGUGCGUGACUCCCGUAUACCUCAGUAUGUCGCCAGCAACGGCGGAAGACCCCGCUGGGGAUACCCGCCUGAAGGUACCAGGCAACCAUUACAAGACGUUGCUCCUUUCGAUGGCGAGAGACUGUAUUGAAGAAGCUUCAGUAUAGGUGAGAAAAUGAAAAAGAGUAAAGCAACAGCUUAAAAGAGUGGUGAGUAGUUUAUGCUACUCCUUCUGACCAUGAA